AUGGCGUCCAGACAAUGUAACAAAUCCGAAACUGAAAAGAUCUCUUUUGACACCCUCACCAAAAAAGAUUUGGAUAAAAACGAUAGCAUCGCUUCUGAUGAAAUUCAAGAGAUGCAUGUUCGCAAACCAAAACCAAACGGGGUCUCAAAUUAUCAAAGGACUAUCAAUGUUACAUCACCUACCGAUACCAUGUUAUCUCCGUGCACCAAAAAGCUACAAGCAAAGAAGGAGAAAAAUUACAAAAGGUCGGAAUAUCUAUUCCUCGGAAAGCCUUUGUUUCUCAGUAACAUCUUCUCCAAGGCGUUGAAAGAAGAACGCGAGAAACAGGCUCAAGAGGAUGCUUCUGUCAAAAAGAUUGAAACGUAA